AGGAAGUUCGGGCCUGUCGCUGUCAAAACAGAGGAGCGGAGCUAAACGUGUGAAGGGGGUGAAGCCGGGGGAGACAUUGAGGAAGUGUGAAGGGUUCAUCCUCUGGAGAGCAGCACAGCUUUUGGCUCUGGCUGUGUUUGCUUAAAGGAUGAAAACAUGAGUGUGAACAUUUGGCUGAUGUGGGUCAGAUCAGAAAACGCUCACUGGUGGUUUUGGAACCUGGUUUUAGACGACAUGUGACCUCGUUCAUUUCAUCCUCCUGUGCUCUGUUUCUGCUCCGUGAGCCUCCUCCUCCUCCUCCUCCCCCUUCAUUAACGCAGAGCCUUGCUCUCAGAGGAUUAUACUCAGCGGCGUUUUCUCUCCACUCGGCUCGCAUUCGUCUGACUCCUCUGUCAUUUGAGGACUUGAUUGAGGACCAUGGGCCUGCUGGACAUCAUCUCCUCCAUCAAAGACCGAGCUGAAAAGUUUCUGAACGAGAAAAAUGUGGUGACAGAUUUUCUGGGGAAGGUGGAGGAGAAAACAGGGAUAAAGAAGAAGAUCAUUGCAGUGGGUGCCGUCUCAUUGACUGGACUCUACCUGGUGUAUGGAUAUGGUGCCGCCCUCCUCUGCAACCUGAUUGGUUUCGUCUAUCCAGCUUAUUAUUCAAUCAAAGCCAUCGAAAGUCCAAGCAAGGAAGACGACACAAAAUGGCUGACGUACUGGGUGGUGUAUGGUGUCUUCAGCUUGGGAGAGUUCUUCUCCGAUAUUUUCCUCUACUGGUUUCCAUUUUACUAUGCUUUUAAGUGCCUCUUCCUGUUGUGGUGCAUGGCCCCGAUGUCAUGGAACGGCUCCCAAAUCAUCUAUAACAAAGUGGUUCGGCCGGUCUUCCUCCGCCACGAGGCCACGGUGGACAACAUGGUGAGCGACCUCAGCGGGAAGGCCAUGAGCGCCGCUGAGAACCUCACCAGAGAAGUCCUGUCCACUCUGGUGAAGAACAAAGCUCUGGUGACUCCGGUGCCGCCGGUCUCUCAGUCUGAAGCUAAAAGUUUACCAAGUUCAUCGACAGAAACAUCAGCAGCUAAAGGAGCUCCAUCACAGCUGAGUGAAGAACGGCCGUCCUUCAGGUAGCAGCAGAGGAAAAAGAGGAGACUCAGUGAGGAACCAUCAUCAAUCCUGACGGAUCCCAAUAAGAAAAAUACCUCCUGUCGAAGAAACUUUUCCUUUUUAUAUCAGAUAUGUUAUAUUUCUAUACCAGUCUAUAACAGGAGUGACAGAAAACUCUGCACACAUUGUUUCUUAUUGUUGUUUUCAGUUUAUUUAUUUGUUUAUUUAUACCUAUGGAUGUAUUUUUAGAUAAGAAGCACCAGGGACCAGUCUGGACUGGACUGACUAACUUGUUCAGCAGGGUGCAGAUUCUCCAUCUCAUAUGUUGCUGUUAUUUAUGUAAUUUAUUUUUUUUUUGU